CACACACAGACACCAAACCCCCUCAAACCCCCCACCCCAAAGAAGGAAAAAAAAGAAAAAGAAAACAAUAUGAAGAAAUGUGAACUCUGCAAUUCUACAGCAAAAAUGUACUGUGAUUCAGAUCAAGCAAGCCUUUGUUGGGAUUGUGAUGCCAGAGUUCAUACUGCCAACUUCCUUGUUGCUAAGCACUUGAGGACUCUUCUCUGCCAUGCCUGCCAAUCUCCAACACCUUGGACUGCCUCUGGUCCCAAACUUGGACCUACAGUUUCAGUUUGCCAGGCCUGUGCCAAUAGAACUUCAAGUAGUAUUGACGGUGAUCAUGAUCCUGAAAAUAAUAGAGACGACAACGACGAGGACGAUGAUGAAGAUGAUGCUGAUAGUGAAGAUGAAGAUGAUCAAGAUGACAAUGAUGAUGGUGAUAGCAGCGAUGACAGUGGCGAUGAAGAUGACGGAGAUAAUCAAGUUGUGCCUUUGUCUUCCACGCCUUUACCUCCACCUCUGAUCUCGAGCUCUUCUAGUAGCGAAGAUUCAUUGAGAAGAUCUUCUCGUAGAAGAGAUGGGGGCGUCUCAAGUUCAAGAAUUGGGUAUUUUUCCAAUCAUUCAAAUGAAAAUGGCAGAUUCUCCUGUGAUCAAAAUUUUGUCCUUCAGAGGAUUGAAAGAUCAAGGCAAAAGGGCAAUUACAGGAUCAGUUCUCCAACCUCCUGGGUUUGAAGAUGAAGAGAUUAGAGAUCAAAAGGGCUACUAGAUAGAGAUCAUAAAUUGACAUUCGAGGAAGAUUGUUCAAUAUGACCUUACAAUUUACUACUAUUGAUGUAAAGCGAAGAGAGCAUGAAGACGGUUGUGUAAAUGGCAUUCCAGGUAGAGUGCUAGUCUUCCGGAAUAAUGAUUUAUUUUGACAAAUUUGUGGAGUCCUCGAAGAAUCUGUUCGAUAAUCUAACAUCUGCUGUUACAAUUUCUGUGUUCAUAUA